UUCUUCAAUUGGAGAGAAGGAUGCAUGGUUCACCCAUCCAGACCGUUGGAAUAGUGGGGUAUACUUUUCGAUGGACCAUGAUCAAGUAAAGGCUGGAAUAAGAAAAGAAAUAUAGGAACGGUCAUAAAUCAUUGGAUGGAUGGGAUCUUCCUAUCCUACAAUGUUUGGGGCAAUGUCCAUCCAAUGUCAAAUCUCAUCAACCACCUACAUCACUGUAACCGGGGCCCACUUAAGAUCCAAUGAAAAUCCGCACCCGAUCAUUCAAAAUAAAUCUUUUCUUGCCAGAAAUACAUAAGUCUCCUUUUGCCAUUCAAAGAAAAAAAAAAGGUCAACCGUCAAAGUACAAUGGAUCCUUCGAAGGGAGAGACUUUUGUACCUGCACUGCCCUUACCUUACUCAUACUCGGGCCCCCAACCAGAUCGACGGUUUAAAUAAUUCGAUCAGCCGCGUUCGCCCAUCAUUGACGGACCACCGACGAAAUAAUGGACCAAAAGCACAAGUCAAAGCCGACCAUAGAGACGGACACAACAAACAGCUUCCCACUCUACAUCUUAUCAUCUUCACCCUUUUUAACUUCCUCUUCUACAAGCAUCUCUCACAAAUAAAUGCAAAAAAAUGCCAUCAUCCCAGCCGCUCAUCUUAUCUUUCUCCUCUUCCAUCAUCAUUAUCUUCGUCUUCACCUUCUUCCUCUUACAAGGAAGAGCUAAAUCCAUAGACCAACGUUUCGAGGCUUGCGUUCCUCAAAGCUGCGGAAACCACAUAAACAUAAGCUUCCCUUUCUGGAUCGAUCCACAACCAUUCUACUGCGGCUUUCCAGGCUUCAAACUCAGCUGCAAGAACGACCAGCCCGUCCUCAAGAUUUCAGAUGACGAUGAUAAUUACUAUAUUCGUGAAAUCUUCUACAACAACCAAUCUUUAUCGGUCUUUAAUGAAGAAUACUUACAAGGCCCUUGUCCCCAUCCUAUUCAUAAUCUCACGUUUACAAGAACACGUGAUCCGUUGAAUGUUAGUACUCAAAACUUCCAACUCUACUUCUAUUACAAUUGCACUGCUUUUCCACCUCGAGAAUAUGAAGUUUUACCAGUUUCUUGCAUCUCCAACAACACCCAUGAUUCUUUUGUCAUGGUUGAUUACAACCGUUCUUUCAAUUCCCUGAAUUUUUCAAGAGGAUGCGAGUCUUCGGUCAUUGUGCCUGUUACGACGGGAGGGGGUUUAACGGGAGCUUUAACACGCCCCAGAGAUUAUCUAGCGCUUCUGAAUAUGGGAUUUCUUCUAGAAUGGACUGGAAACAAUUGCACCAGGUGUACGGGAAGUGGGGGCCGAUGUGGAUUCAACGAGACUUCACAAUUCGUGUGUUUUUGCCCUGAUCGACCCCAUUCCGUAGCUUGCCGUAAUGGUAGAAAUGGUGGCAUGGAUAAGAAGAAGAUCAUUGUCAUUACCAUAGGUGCAGGCGCAGGAGCCCUUGUCCUUUUUUUAGCACUCCUAGUCUUCUUACUUUUCCGGCGAAUCCGUAACAAGAACCGCCCUUCUAUCUCUUCCAAUCUCCUCUCUCGAUCCAUCUCUUCAGACCCUUACUCCAAAUCAGAGCUUGAAAAGGGCAUCCAAACACAAUUCUUCGAGUACAAGGAGCUAGAAGAAGCUACCAACAACUUCGACCCUUCUAAAGAACUCGGAGACGGUGGCUUCGGGACAGUUUACCAUGGCAAGCUUCGCGACGGGCGUUUUGUUGCUGUCAAGCGCCUGUAUGAAAAUAACUACAAGCGUGUUGAACAAUUCAAGAAUGAAAUCGACAUCCUUUCUCGCCUGCGCCAUCGGAACCUUGUCACCCUAUAUGGGUGCAGCUCGCGCCACCGUCGUGAGCUACUCCUUGUCUAUGAAUUCAUCCCCAAUGGGACCGUUGCGGAUCAUCUCCAUGGCGACCGUGUGCAAGCUGGCACCCUUACAUGGUCCAUCAGGAUGAGCAUUGCUGUAGAAACUGCUGAUGCACUCGCCUACCUCCAUAAGGUUGAGAUUAUUCACCGCGACGUCAAAACCAACAACAUUCUCCUCGAUAAUAAUUUCUGUGUAAAGGUCGCAGAUUUUGGCCUGUCGCGUUUGUUCCCCUUGGACGUCACUCAUGUGUCCACCGCUCCACAAGGGACCCCCGGCUAUGUGGACCCUGACUAUCACCGGUGCUACCAACUCACCGACCGGAGUGACGUUUACAGCUUUGGAGUGGUCUUGAUUGAACUCAUAUCAUCCAUGCCGGCCGUGGACAUCAGUAGGCAUCGACACGAAAUCAAUUUGGCCUCCAUGGCGAUUACCAAGAUCCACAACAAUGCGCUGCAUGAGCUGGUGGACUCCACCCUUGGGUUUGAUUCUGAUUUUUCUGUGAGGAGGAUGAUCACAUCGGUAGCCCAGUUGGCUUUUAGGUGUUUGCAAGAGGAGAAGGAAGUGAGGCCAUCAAUGGAGGAGGUUCUUGAGGAACUGAGAGGAAUAGAAAGUGAAGAAUACAAGGUGGAGAAGAUAGAGGAGGUGGGUAUUCCGGUGGAUGAAACUGCCUUGUUGAAGAACAAUCUGCCUCCGUCGCCUGAUACUGUGACUAAAGCAUGGGAUAGUAGGACUACUACACCCAACACUAGUGGGUGAUGUGUAUACUUGUAGAUGGAGUUUUGGUACACAAGACUUCAAUAAUUAGUCUCUUGUUUAUCGAUAAUCUAUUGUAAUGUAGUAGCAUACACCUCCUCCUUUAUUCUUCUUCUUCUAAUUGGGUCUUUUUAUGAGGACCUGAGAGAUGUAAUUAAGUUGCUUUUGGCCGAGGGGAAUGUAUAUAGUAAUGGAGUUUCUAUGGUCUAUAGCUUUCAAAUUCAGACGGUGAUUUUGCUCAA